AUGGGGAUGGAGAUGAAGCAUUUCCAGAUCACCCUCCUCCUCUCGUGCUGCCUUGCCGCCGCCGCGGCGGCGGGAAUCGGAUGCUCAUCCGAUGCCGACGCCAUCGCCGACGUAGCCCGAUCCCUCGCGAGGCCGCCCUCUACCUGGACCGCCGGCGGCGGCGACGCCUGCUCGUUCAAGGGCGUCACUUGCUCCCCCUCCGGCCGCGUCACCGCCAUCGACCUCGCGGGGCAAGGCCUGGCGGGGACCCUGCCCUCCUCCCUCUCCAGCCUCACCGCGCUCGAGUCGCUCCAGCUCCAGGGCAACGUGUUCUCCGGCGCCGUCCCGCCGCCCCGAGCCCCCUCCCUGACCCGCCUCUCCCUCGAGGGCAACGCCUUCACGUCCCUCCCGGAGGACCUCCUUCGCGCGACACCCGCGCUGCGGAGCCUCAGCACGGACGGCCUGCCCCUCCAGCCGUGGCCGUUCCCCGACGCCAUCUUCAGCUGCCUGCCCUCCACACCUUCUCGGCCUCCAACGCCAGAUGGCGAGCCUGACAGACAUCUCCCGUCCUACAACCACCUCCAGGGCCCGGUGCCGGCGUUCAGCCCCGCCGUGGCCGCCGACGUGGUCGCCGGGAACGGCUUCUGCUUGGACGCGCCCGGGCCGUGCGACGCGCAGGUGAGCGCUCUGCUGCAGGUGGCGGAGGGCUUCGGCUACCCGCUCAAUCUUUCGAGGUCGUGGACGGGGAACGACGCCUGCAGUGGCUGGCUGGGCGUGAUAUGCGACGCGUCAGAGGUGACCAUCCUCGGCCUGACGAACUACAACUUGUCAGGGACGAUGUGGCCGGCCAUUGCCAACUUGACAGGGCUGAGAAAGCUUGACCUAGCCGGCAACCGCCUCACCGGGGAGAUCCCGGAUGCGCUCGCGGCAUUGCCGAGUCUUAGCCUCGUUGAUGUCAGAAACAACAGGCUCACCGGCAAGCUGCCCAAGUUUUGGGCAUCGGUUGAUGUGUCAGCAGAAGGGAACAGCCCAAGUUUGGGGAGUCACUAUGGUUCAGGACAAAGGUAG